AGAAGCAGUGAAAAAGAAGUGAGCGGAAUGUUAAAGCCCGACUGAAGCAAGGAGCAGAGGGCGCAAGAGGAAGCGUUGACACAUUCAGGGUGGGACUCGGGGACUGUUUUCUCUGAGGGUGCCGAGCUACUGUAGCUCUUUUUGCCAUCACUGUAAGGGAGAGACUUCCAGCCUGCUACAGUGCCAUACAGACCGCAGAGCUGUUAAAGCUGCAGAUCAGAAACGCUCAUUGCAACUCCAGGCACUCCUGCACCGGCAUACACGUGCAUACGCAUGGAUGCAGCACCUCCGCCUUCACUGCCAGUUUGGGAUGUGACCGGAGGGGAAGAGAUUCAUUUUUGGACAAAAAGGGUAUUGCCUUUAAGGUCAAUAGCUGUACAUACAUGGCUGACUGCUGCACUGAUGCAAGUAAUUCACUUGCACACCAGAUGGCGAUAUGAAGUUUCCUCCCUGCAAGCUACGGGACACUUGGUCCACAAUGUGAGCCGUUUUCGACUGCUGGAGGAGAGAAACAGAGCUCUCAGGCUUGAGGUUGCCACGCUACGCCAAGAGAAACAGCAGUAUAGGAAACUGAGAGCAAAGCUCCAUGCUGCCUUGCAGGAGAAAAAUCGUCUGAACCUUGAGCUGAUCACACACCACCUGAAGACGUCCAAGUAUGACCAGGUGCGAUCAGACUGUGACCAGCUGAGACAGACCUUAGCUGUCGUGAGCCAGGAGAGAGACGUGGCCCAGCAGCAGAAGAGCCACCUCCAAGGCAGAGUGGAGAACCUGGAGCAGGUGCUGAAGCAUAUGCAAGAGGCUGUGGAGCUGAAGCAGCAGCUGCAGACGGAGCAUGAGCAAGCCUUGGUGGCCCUUCACACCAAGCAGAAGGAGAUCAAUCAACUGCAAAAGGUCAAGGUUUGUGACCUGGAGCAGAGAUGCAGGUCACAGAGUGAACACUUCCAUCAGCUGUCCAACGAGCUGCUGAAUUUCCGUUUGCAAUCAGAUACUGUGUACAUCCCUAAAAUAAAUCCCGACUCCAGAUCCCAGUUCCCUCUGUCAUCAGAGCAAAGACGUUCACAAGCCAGCCUUGGAUUUGAAGCCCACACAAAGACAGGCAAUGAGAGCGCCUCAGACCCGCCGCUCCUGAUCUCCCGGUUCUUACCCCGCCAACCACAGACUGGAGACAGAGACAGACAGGACCUGCUGUCUGUCAAACACAACACCGUGACAACGGACCGCCCCAGCAGCCCCCGACAGCGGACCCCCUCCGAGAUGGAGGAUGAGGCCAGCCCCUCACCCAGGUCCAAGCCUCGUUACACAGGCCAGGUCCGCCUUUGCACUGCCCGAUACAGCUAUAAUCCUUACGAUGGACCAAACGAGCAUCCUGAAGCAGAACUCCCCCUUGUGGCUGGGAAGUAUCUGUACGUGUACGGAAACAUGGAUGACGAUGGUUUCUAUCAAGGGGAGCUGCUAGAUGGCCAGCGAGGACUCGUUCCUUCCAACUUUGUGGAAUUUGUCCAGGACAAGGAGAAACUAGCGAUUCAGGCCGGCGAUGGAGGGGAGGAGCGUGGCUCACGGGACCAUAUGUCCCUGGCCUUAGUGGCUUAUGAUGGAGGUUUCUCCCAAGAUGGCCCUCUGGGCUCAUGUAACGCCUUGGUUCCCUAUAGCAAUGGGACAGGGGGGCCCCUGGACCCUGAGGACCUGGCGGAAGACGUUGUGCCUUAUCCCCGAAAGAUCAACCUGAUCAAGCAGCUGGCACGGAGCGUCAUUGUGGGCUGGGAGCCUUCACUCGUGCCUUUAGGCUGGGGGAACAUCUCCGGCUACAACGUGUUGGUGGACGGGGAGCUCCGGGCCAGCGUGGCGUACGGCGGCCGCACCAAGAGUCUGCUGGAGAAGCUGGACCUGGACGACUGCGUGCACCGCGUGUCCGUGCAGAGCGCCACGGAGCGCGGGCUCUCAGACGAGCUGCGCUGCACCCUGCUGGUGGGGGCCAACGUGGUGGUGGCUCCCUGCGGCCUCCGGGUGGACGACAUCCAGCGCGACACCGCCGAGCUCUCCUGGUUGCCGAGCAACAGUAACUAUGGCCACACCGUGUUCUUGGACGGGGCGGAGCAUGCGGUGGUAAAGCCGGGAAGGUACAGACUACGCUUCAUCAAUCUGAAGCCCCUGACAGUUUACAAAGUGUCGGUGGUGGCACAGCCGCACCAGGUGCCAUGGCAACUGCCGCUGGAGCAGAGAGAGAGGAAAGAAGCCGGCGUGGAGUUCUGCACUCAGGCGGCAGUGAUCCAGGAGAGUGGAAGACAAAGAAUGAGCUGUAGCCCCCCCCAGCCUCCCCUUGAUGUGCAGGUGCUUUGUGGGCAGGCUCCAGGGGUCCUACAGGUACGCUGGAAGCCCCCCAUCCUCUCCCCCACUGGCACAUCUAAUGGGGCCAAUGUGGUGGGUUACGCAGUCUGCACUAAAGGACAGAGGAUAGCUGAGGUGCUGUUCCCCAUGGCAGACUACGUGACUGUGGAGCUGACGAGGAUUCAGUGCCUGGAGGCGAGGGAAGUGAUCGUCAGGACGCUGUCCGUGCAGGGGGAAUCCCAGGACUCCCAAAUCGCCGUCAUUCCAAACAAUCUCCUUGUGCCUGCACCUGCGAUCCCCCUUCCCCCUCCAAUGCACCCCCACGCAGGCCCCCCGCCCCACCCUCAACCCCACCCUCAACCCCACCCUCAACCCCACCCUCAACCCCACUCUCAACCCCACUCUCAACCCCACUCUCAACCCCACUCUCAACCCCAUCCUCACCCCCAACCCCACCCUCAACCCCACCUCCCAUCCCCUCACCAUCCUCACGCACCACCCCAACUUCCUGGUCCACCCCAGGCGCAAGGACAACAACUCCAACCUCACCCUCAACCCCAUCCCAGGCAGCCCCACCCAGGCGGACCCCAGCAGCCCCACCCAGGCGGACCCCAUCAGCCCCAGCUUCGCCCCCCACAUCCUCAGCCCCUGCACCUUCAGCCCCGCCUCCCCCACCAAGGUCCUAGGCCCCAGCACCAACUGCCUCUGCUACCCCACCCUCAUCACCACCCUAUACCUCAGAGACCAGUAUGUGCCAGAGACCUGGAUGCCAAAGAGCACGCGGCCCACCAAGGGGGGGCCUUCCCACCGGGCCAGCCUAGCUGGGACCCCUCUCGCUCGCCCUCCUCCCAGCCUCCUGGGCCCAUGCAAGGCCACACUCUGGAGGCCCCUCCCUCUGCUAAUCUACGCUCCCCCUCCCCCCAGCGGAUUCUCCCUCAGCCUAGAGGCACGCUCAUCCCGGACACCGUGGCCAAAGCCAUCGCCCGAGAAGCAGCGCAGAGGGUGGCAGCAGAGAGUGGCAAGGGCGACAGGAGGCAGGUCAGAUACGGAGAGCAGGGUCGUACGUUUCACCAGCAUCACUCUGACGAGGAAGAGGAGGAUGAAGAAGGGUUUGCACGCGGCCGCCGAAGAGGACCCUCAGUCGAUGAGUUCCUCAGAGGCUCGGAGCUUGGGAGGCCGCCUCACUAUAGUCACAAUGAAGAGUAUCACAGCGAGAGCAGCCGGGGCUCUGACCUGUCUGACAUCAUGGAAGAGGAUGAGGAGGAGCUGUACUCUGAGAUGCAGCUGGAAGAGGGACGUCGACGCAACUCGCACAACACACCCAAGAACAACACUCCUGGAGGCCGCCAUGACCGAGAGGGGAGAAGAGUUCCUCACGGGGGGCCGCAGCCUCAGAGGCGGCCUCUGAUGGUCCCCUCCAUUGAGGUAACCUCUGAGAAUAACAGUGAGGGAAACCCCGUCACCGAGGAUGUUUAUGGCAGAGUAGCUCGGCACAAGACGCGGUCGUCCCGCAGGCAAACGGGCGGCACCAGGUCUCCCCAGGAUGGAUACAGGGAUCGCCGCUCCCCCACGUACUACGAUGAGUCGGAGCCGGAGGAGUCCUUCCGGAUCUUCGUGGCCCUCUUUGACUACGACCCUCUGUCCAUGUCCCCCAACCCAGACGCAGCCGACGAGGAGCUGCCCUUCAAAGAGGGGCAGAUCAUUAGGGUGUACGGUGAUAAAGACACAGAUGGGUUCUACAGGGCGGAGGUGAGGGGCCGGAUGGGGCUGAUCCCCUGCAACAUGGUGUCAGAGAUCAGAGCUGAGGACGAGGAGACCAUGGACCAGCUCAUCAAACAGGGCUUCCUGCCCCUCAGCACCCCCGUGGACAGAUUAGAGCAACACAGAAGAGGCCUCCGUCGAGAUCAGGCCCCCCGGAGGAUGGUGGCUCUGUACGACUACGACCCCAGAGAGAGCUCCCCUAAUGUUGAUACGGAGGCCGAGCUGACCUUCUGUGCUGGUGACAUCAUGGCUGUGUUUGGAGAUAUUGAUGAGGACGGAUUUUAUUAUGGUGAGAUCAACGGCCACCGCGGUCUGGUUCCCUCGAACUUCCUGGAAGAAGUGCCUGAUGACGUGGAGGUGUAUCUGACCGACACCCCGUCCCACCAGCCCCAGGAAGAGCCUGCCAACCGCCCCCCCCCCAACCCUGCGGCCAGCGUCUCGGAGGGCAAACGGGUUGCCACAGAAACCACCGACACGGUCGACAACGGCGCCGCGCCUGUCCGAGCGCCGUCCCCCAUCGCUCGGCCCCUCCUCCCAGGGACCAUGAGACCCAUCAGCCCUGCGAGGGGCCCCCGCCUCCCUCUGGAACCCCGGGACCCCCGGGACGAAGAUAUGGCGAACAAGAAGAAGAAAGGACUACUUUCCAAGGGGAAGAAGCUCCUGAAGAGACUCUCCCCUGUGAAAUAAGAAGAGAGAGCGUACAUAUCGGGCUCUGUUUAUUGCAUCCAUACAAUCAACUCUGAUCCAACAGCACAUGACAGAGGAUGGACUGUGAGAGCCUAUUUUAAUAUAACAAGUGAUACAAUUAUUCAUGUACGGAUAUAAAUCACGUAAAUUAUGUACAGUGCAGUGCCAAAAUCAAGAGAGGUCGCCUGCAGACACAAAAACAUAUUACUGUGAUGUAUUUUAAAUCAACGGAUGACUUAAAAAAAAAAAAAAAAAAAAACUAGGAUUUUCAUGACAUGUUUUUUUCUUUAUUGUAAACACAAUUCCUUUCAAGCAGGGUAGCUGUGAAAACAAAGCAUCUCAGUUCCUUUCUUUUCAAAGCAAACAACAUUUAUGUGGAGUAUUGAUGUUGCCACUUCAAGGAAACAGAGACCAUACUCCUCUAAGAAAAUCUACACUGUUAUCGAGGCAUUCUGUGAAGUAAUGCUGGCUGCUAACACAAAGGCUUUAUUCAGUGCAAUAUCAUAGAGAGGCGGUAGCAUCAUGUGGGAAGAAAUGAGACAUUUCUACUUACCUGUGAUUUCAACAGAGGGGAGUUUUUCUAAAAAGUAUAUCAGAUUGGCAACAGGGCAUUACAGCUGUCUCAGUGGCCUUUAUGAAAACAAUAUGAGCGUGACAUUCCUCGUUUGAUUCACACCAGGGUUUCUUUGUUUCAUGACUUGUCUUUUUCCCGAGAGUUAAACAAGAGCAGAAGUGUUUGUUGUCCUCGCUGUCACACUGUCAUGAAACGCCUAGUUCUAAAGACUACAUUUUGUGUCUGUCUUCCUAUUGCACAAAGGUUGGUUUUGAUUGGUUAAAGAUGUUUGGUGUGCCUGAGUAUGUGAUGCGUUCAUGUUUUGCACCGCUCAUGUUUCUUGUUCACUUUUCAUUUCUUUUCUGAAGGAGAGGCCAUGCAUUUAUGGAUCCUGUGAUUUAGUGAUGUGCUGCUACCUCCAUUGCCUGUGCACUGUUCAGUUUUGAUGUCUCAUGUUGAUAUAGCCGGCCAAGUUAAAGCCUCGUAGAAUACAAACAGGUCCUGCUGGAGGUCUGUGAAGAGAAAUCUGAAAUGAUUUAACAUUUUGUAUCCGGCCACAUUUAUUCUCUACAUGACUCUUACUCACAGAAGGACUAUAUAUAGUAUACUUUAUAGGGAUUUGGGUAAAAAACACAUUUUAUUCCUAUGAUCUUGGAUAAUGUACCUAUUUAUGAAAUAAGCACAUGUACUCAAACUCUGGAGACUGAGGUUUAUUUAUUUAGAAACAAGCCAACCUAUUUGCAUAAUGCCACAAGAUUUGCAUUCAGAAAUGUCAUCAGGUCAGACAAAACUACUGAAUAUUCUGCAGACUGUCACACUGACUCUCUACUAAUUCUGUUUCUCAUAUAUUGUCAGUUUAAAAAGCCCCAACAUUUAUCUUUAUUGCAAGAUAGAUGACGCUGCAUGAAGUGAGAACAAUACUGACGUUCGAAUUAAGGUUGAUGACUGAAACUGAAUGACAGCUUUUAUUAUUGAGUUAUGUUUUACUUGAUUCAAAGUCAUUUUUCCUAUCAAUAUUCAGUUUAAGUUUACAGUUUAUCUUAGAUUCAGCAUGGUUUUUUGACUUCAACAUUCUGUUGCCUGAAUUUCUAACAACCUUAGUUAUAACAGCUGUUUGCUGGUUUUCAGAAAAUUGCAACGCCUGUAGUUUGGAGAUCAAAUAAAAUGUUGAUUCGGAGCUCUAAAAUGCACCGAAAAACAAUAACGAACUUUGAUAUCAUUUAAACUACAAUGCUAACAUGAUGGACACUGAUUGCAUAAGUCACAGCAAAUAAUUCAAACAUUUAUCUGGUGACCUUGAACACAACCCAAUUCCCUCAGUUGUGCUUGCUUUUGAGGGUUAUUGUGUGUGUAAAUUAUACAAGAUUAUAGAAAUAAUAUGUUGGAAUAACUUGGAUUACUAACACAAUCCCAACGUUAUGUGUGUUGUGAGGGUGGCAAAAAGUGCUCUAACUGGAGGGAUAGUAUGUUUUAUAGCUUUAAUAAAUUAAAAACGUCUAUCUCUGCUUAGUUUUUUAUAAUCUAUCAGAUUUAUCUUCCUCAUGUCAAGUUGCUCUCGAGGGUUCUUUGUCCUCAUUAUUUAUUAAAAUUAUUAAAUGCAAUGACAAGUGAGGGUUUUGCCAAAAUGGAAUGUAAGGGAAGUUUGGCUGGAUUUAGGUUUACAUGAUUUUUGUUCCAAAGCUUGUUGUGUAUAGUUUAUUUUUCACAAAGUCACACAUUCCUGCAACACGGUGUCCCAAUACCAACAUAAUUAUCUCGUGAAUGGGUGUAGUGUCUCUGAACGCUGUAGCUCUUUUGUACUUUGAAUCCAUUUGUAGAUAAUUUCUUAAUGUUUCUACUUGAUUUUACGACAGCCUUUUUGUUAGUGCACUGAGAGUUCCUCUCCCUGUAACAGACUGCAUUCUCCAUAGUGUCCUUUGAAUCAGAUGUAUCGGUCCACCGUAUGUGCUUGCUUUGUGAAUCAAAGGUUCAAAUAA